CAAAAGCGCCAAAGUGAGUCCGGUGCAUCUUGCCCAUCGGCCUCUCCCAGCCAGCCACACACCUUGCUCCCCAACCACCACCACCCCUCCCCCUCUUGCUGCACAACCCCCGCCUCCCCCCGAAUAUGCCUGUUACUCGAGGGCAGAGCGUGCGCCCGCACCAACAGUACAGCCCCGUCGCAGCGCCGAAGCCCGACGACAGCGUCAUCAUCAUCUCCUCAGACGACGAGCGGCCAUUCAAGGCCAAUGCCACACCACGACGAGCGCGGUCCAAGCAGAAGAACCGCGCACUUGCCCCGCCGUCCGCGGAAGUCGUCGAGAUAUCAUCCGACGACGAGGCAGUGGCUGCGCGGCCAAAGCCUCUACGACGGCAACAGCAGGACGUCACUGCCAGCUUGCGGCAGCAGCUGAAGGAAGCGUUGCAGGAGGUCGAGCGGUUACGCACAGAAGCCCGUGCAGCGGAGAAACAGAAGGCGGUCGCUCAACCAGUGGAUUCAUCGUUGUUGGGCGACGUAGAAGAGGUUGUCACCUGCGAAAUCUGCACAUUCAAGAUGUGGGCACCCUACGCUCUCCCCUGCGGCCAUACCUUCUGCCAGAGCUGCCUGCAAGACUGGUUCGGCACCGCCCAAGCAACGCACCUCGCGAAUUACCCACAGUCGGCACAACACGACAACCUGUUGGCCGAGCUUCGCGCCAGCCUCCGGCGCCCGAACCUCACCCCGCAACGCCGCACGCAGAUGCAGGUGCAGCUCGCGCAGUUCGAGGCAGUGUGUCAGCGCCCGAAAUACACGUGUCCGACGUGCCGCACAGAAUGCAAGACGCGUCCGACGGAGGUGUUCGUCUUGAAGGCCAUCGUAGAGCGCGUGGGCAAGGCGCAGGGCGAGAGUGCGCCGGAGAAGAUCGCUCCCUCCCGGACACGCGCCGGCCAGGUCAAGCUGAUUGACGGGCCCUUUGACGGGUUCUUCCCAUAGUGCCGAACGUGGUGCCGCUAUAGCAUGAGCGUUUGUGUUGCUUGCGCUGUCUCGGGUUUCCUUGUAGUGUCUUGCGAGCGGUUUGAUACUUGUUGGACAUUGCAUCCCGUCGUAUUCUUAUUCCUGCACGGCUACAUAUCUUUAUCCUGGGAGCACGGCUUCGUCGUAGUCUCUGGGUUUUCACGUCAUCGCACUGGUGUAUCCCUAUCGCAGCUCCGGCAUACCCUCGCAUACACUUUACUUCGUCCCGCGCAAUGCAUUGUUUUACGAAUUGACCUGAAGUCCAGUUGAGUUGUAUUUUCUGUUAG